AUGUCUGGAAACCACUCCAUCGUCAUCCAAGCCCCGGGGAAGGCCGAAAUCGUCGAGGCCCCCAUCCCCAAGCUCAGAGAGGACUACCUCAUCGUCAAAGUCGCAGCCGUCGCCCUGAACCCCACCGACGUACUGCACAUUGACACUUUCGCACCCGUAGGCGCACGCGUUGGUUGCGACUACGCCGGCACCGUCGAGAAGGUAGGCCCCAAGGCCAGCAAGGCUUUCAAAAGGGGGGACCGCGUCGCUGGGUUCGCCCACGGCUCCAACGCCCUCCACCACGAGGACGGCACGUUUGCGGAGUACAUCACCGUCAAGGCGGACCUGCAGCUGGGCAUCCCGGACAGCAUCAGCUUCGAGGAGGCCGCAACCCUCGGCCUCGGCGUGGUAACGGCGGGCCAGGCCCUCUUCCAGAGCCUCGACGUGCCUUACCUCGACAAUCCCGCCACGGAGAAGAUGCCGGUCCUCAUCUACGGCGGCAGCACGGCGACGGGAUCGCUGGCUAUCCAGUACGCCAAGCUCGCCGGUCUCUUCGUCAUCACGACGGCUUCGGCGCAUAAUUUUGACUAUCUCAAGAAGCUGGGCGUUGACGUCGUCCUGGAUUACCAUUCCAACACCGUCGUCGAGGACAUCAAGAAGCACGCCGGCGCCGGACAGCUGAAGAACGUGCUCGACUGUAUCUCCACAGAGGCGACCGCCAAGAUCUGCGUCAACGCCUUUGGCGAGGCAGGCGGCGUCUACUCCGCCCUGCGGUUCGUGCCGGAGGAGCUCGUGUCGGCGAUUAACGACAAGGUGACACUGAAGCUGAAGCUGGCGUAUUCCGCCAUUGGAGAGGCAUUCCAGUUCGGACCGCUUUCGUUGCCCGCGGAUCCGGCGGACCUGGAAUUCGCAAAGAAGUUUGUGGCGGAUACUGAGAAACUGCUGGCGGAGGGAAAGCUUGUGCCUCACAAACCGACUGUGGAUGAGGAUGGGAGUGGUCUCGGCGGCGUACUCAAGGGUCUCGAUCUCGUCAGGGAGGGCAAAGUCAGCGGCACGAAGUUGGUGUAUCACAUCUAG